AUGAUUGUAGAAUCUAAUCCAAAAGUACUUACAACCUUGGCACCUAUCAUCUGGCUUAAACCAAUAUAAGGGGAAAUAGACAUUAAAAAUUAAUAUAUUUGUCCUGUCUACAAAACUGCUGAAAGAAGAGGUGUUCUCUCCACCACUGGUCAUUCUACUAAUUUCAUUAUGAAUGUCAAUAUGCCAACUGAAUAAUCAUAACAUCAUUGGGUGAAGAGAGGUGUAGCUAUGCUUUGUUAAUUAUCAGACUGA